UUUCUAUAAAAAUAAACAUUUUAAACUCAACCGGAUUUCAAAACUCACACUUUCUCGCCGGCCCCAUUUUUCCACUUUUACACACCAAAAACACACACUAAAACACACACACAACGACAGUUUUCUUUGUAAAACACACCAUUCUGAAACAAACUUUAUAUUUUCGAGUACCCUUUUUAGAGAAGAUCAAAACCCAGAAAGGAAGUGACUGAAAAAAAAAAUGGAGUCGCCGGCGCCGGAAAAGAUGGUGAACACGGUGGGUGUACGGUCAAAAGUGACAGAUAUGAUAAAAGGGUGUUCAUUAACAGGAAUAAGAAUACCAAAAGAGGAGUUAAGAAAUAAGAUUAUAAUGGCUGAAUAUUUAAGAUUUGCUAUACGUGAUUGUAUAUCUAAAAAAGAUAUUGAUGCCGGCAAACGUCAUCAUGACGUCAUUAAUGGGGGUGGUAGUAGUUGUAGUGAAUGUCCUUUGGUUGUUUUUGUUAACAGUAAAAGUGGUGGUAGGCAUGGACCAGCACUUAAAGCCAGAUUGCAAGAUUUGAUGGGUGAAGAACAGGUUUUUGACCUUAAUAGUGUGACGCCACAUGAAUUUGUUGAGUACGGGCUGGGUUGCUUGGAGAAGUUUGCUGCCCUUGGAGACAAUUGUGCAAAAGAAACUCGCGAAAGAUUGAGGGUUGUGGUUGCAGGAGGUGAUGGAACCGUUGGUUGGGUUCUUGGAUGCCUUGGAGAGCUUCACAAACAGGGAAGGAACCCCAUACCACCAACAGCAAUUAUACCUCUUGGUACAGGAAAUGACUUAUCCAGGAGUUUUGGUUGGGGUGGUUCUUUUCCUUUAUGCUGGAGAGCAGCCAUAAAAAGAACUCUUGAUAAGGCCACUUAUUCUCCAACUAGCCAUCUUGAUAGUUGGAAUCUUUCAAUAUCCAUGCCGUCUGGUGUAACUUUGGAAACCCCUCACUCUUUGAAGCAAACAGAGGAGGUUGCUCUUGAUCAGGAUAUAGAAGUUUUGGGCAAGUUACCCGAGAAAGUUUCCUGCUAUCAAGGAGUAUUCUAUAAUUAUUUUAGCAUAGGAAUGGAUGCUCAAGUGGCUUAUGGUUUCCAUCAUUUAAGGAAUGAGAAACCUUACCUUGCUCAAGGUCCUAUCUCAAACAAGAUCAUUUACUCUGGAUAUAGCUGCAAACAAGGGUGGUUUUUUACGCCUUGUAUAGCUAAUCCUGGUUUGAGGGGAUUGAAUAAUAUUUUGAGGUUACAUGUUAAAAGGCUCAAUAGUUCAGAGUGGGAACUCAUCCCUAUCCCAUCAAGUGUUAGGUCUAUUGUUGCCUUGAAUCUUCAUAGCUAUGCAAGCGGAAGAAAUCCAUGGGGUAAAUUGAAACCAGAAUAUAUGGACAAGAGAGGCUUUGUUGAGGCUAAUGCUGAUGAUGGCCUCCUAGAAGUUUUUGGAUUCAAGCAAGGAUGGCAUGCAUCAUUUGUGAUGGUUGAGCUUAUAUCAGCCAAACAUAUAGCACAGGCUGCUGCAAUUCGAUUUGAGUUAAGGGGUGGAGCAUGGAAACAAGCUUUUAUGCAGAUGGAUGGAGAACCAUGGAAACAACCAUUGAAGAACGAGUUUUCAACCUUUGUCGACAUUGUAAGGGUACCAUUCCACUCAGUCAUGAUCAAUGGAGGGUAAUUCUAACAGAUAAUCUUAUGUUUCAUGUUUGGUAAGUAACUAGUGUAAAUUAAUUCUAUCAUUGAAUUGCUGGUAAAUUAGUAGUGUUCUAAUUUACCCAUUUGUUAAACUGUCUUUGCUAUUGCCUUAGUUGUAUGAUGCUGUAAAGUAACCUUCCGAGAGGAUGGGUCCGAAAGCUAUAUAUGUAGUCUUAUGAUGUAACUGGUUGCUUGUGACGUGAAAUAUGUCGAAACUCUUUAAAUAGUCAUUACAUUUAUUUCUAUUGUCGAUA